CAGAGGUGAGAGCGCAGAUGUCAUGAGAAAAGCGACCACACGACCAGAGCGCAGCGACCGACGCACCGACCAACCUCAGCCCGCCUCCCCGCGCCCCGGUCUGGGAUGCUUUUAGCGCAAGAGACGCCUCCACCAAGGGCAGCCAGUGGACGUCGACGCUGAUCAUCUACACUGUUUUCGUUGUUGUCAUUUUUGAACACGAGGACACCCCCCCACCACCACCACGCAACUCCCUCCCCAUAUAUCUUUAAGCGUUUAUGUUUGUUUCUUCAUGACUGCUGCUUUGGGAAGCGAGCCUCAGCACCAGCUCCAUCACCGCCAACACCAUGCGAGCCCAAAUCGAAGUUAUACCAUGCAAAAUCUGCGGAGACAAAUCAUCAGGUAUCCACUACGGAGUCAUUACGUGUGAAGGAUGUAAGGGUUUCUUCAGAAGGAGUCAGCAGAAUAAUGCAGCGUACUCCUGUCCCCGCCAGAGGAACUGCCUCAUCGACAGAACAAACCGCAACCGCUGCCAACACUGCCGCCUGCAGAAAUGUCUCGCCCUAGGAAUGUCAAGAGAUGCGGUAAAGUUUGGCCGCAUGUCCAAGAAGCAACGUGACAGCCUGUAUGCAGAGGUCCAGAAGCACCAGGCACGGCUGCAGGAGCAGCGGCAGCAGCAGACAGGCGAAGCAGAAGCUCUGGCUCGUGUUUACUCAUCCAGCCUCACCAAUGGACUGUCCACCCUUAACCAUGAGAUUGGGGGCACCUACGCCAAUGGUCACGUCAUUGAGCUGCCCAAAGGUGGCCAUGGUAAUGGAGGCGGAGUCCCAGGAGGCUACUAUGGGAUGGAUUCCACUCAGCCGUCUCCAGACCAGUCGGGUUUGGACAUGUCGGGCAUGAAGCACAUUAAGCAGGAGCCUGUGUACGACUUGACGCCAGUGCCCAACCUGUUCAGCUACGGAGGCUACCAGGACAGUCAGUUGGGGCCAAAUAACGUCAGCAUGGGAGAGCUGGACCGUAUCGCUCAGAAUAUCAUCAAGUCCCACUUGGAGACAUGUCAGUACACAGCAGAGGAGCUGCAGCAGCUAGCCUGGCAGACACACUCCUAUGAAGAGGUCAAGAUGUACCAGAGCAAGCCCCGGGACGUGCUGUGGCAGCAGUGUGCCAUUCAGAUCACCCAUGCAAUCCAGUACGUGGUGGAGUUUGCCAAGCGAAUCUCAGGGUUCAUGGAACUGUGCCAGAAUGACCAGAUCCUCCUGCUCAAGUCAGGUUGUUUGGAGGUAGUCUUGGUGCGGAUGUGCAGGGCGUUCAACCCUCUCAACAACACUGUGCUCUUUGAAGGGAAGUACGGAGGCAUGCAGAUGUUCAAAGCUCUAGGUUGUGAUGAGUUGGUGAGUGCGGUGUUUGACUUUGCCAAGAGUUUGAGUUCACUGCAGCUGACGGAGGAGGAGAUCGCUCUGUUCUCAGCAGCUGUACUCAUUUCAACAGAUCGGCCAUGGCUGAUGGAGCCGCGAAAGGUCCAGAAGCUCCAGGAGAAGAUCUACUUUGCUCUGCAGCACAUUAUGCAGAAGAAUCACAUGGACGAAGACGCACUGGCUAAGCUGAUCAGCCGAAUCCCAACGUUGUCGGCCCUGUGCACUCUCCACACUGAGGAGCUCCAGGCCUUCCAGCAGCUCCACCCAGAAACAGUCAACGUCCUCUUCCCUCCACUCUACAAAGAACUCUUCAAUCCCGACCCCAACUCUGCCAUGGCCAUGCCCAAGUGACUGCCUGUGGUUCAAAUGCAACAAACGGUGCCAGCGCAGGACCAAGAAAAUAAGACCACAUCCACAUCUGACGAGACAUCAGCAUCUACUAUGUCAUCAUCAUGGCAACCGCAUAUUCCUGAGCUCCGCCAACCUCAUUUCAGGCCGGGGGCUGAGGAGUCAUCUGCCAGAAACUUACAGUUACCGCCAACAACACUAGGAAUGUCCAGCACUUAUCCCAUCCUGUUCACCGAUACAGGCUGAAGAAUGUAUAUAAAUGAAACAAGCCCCAAGCCACAGACCUGAGCGGGGCUUCCUCCUGUCUCCUGAACUGAACUGACUGACCUGAAAUGUACAGACUUAAAAAGAUCUCGGAACAAUUUUAAGCUGUCAAUCUUUAAGAAAAAAAUGGGUAAGUUAAUUUGUGUUAACUUUGAAAAAAUGUCUCUUUUGUUAAUUUGAUUUUUUUUUUUCACAUGACAACAUUGUGAAAUUGAAGAAGCUGGAUGGGGGAGGGAGUGUCGAUUUAGAGAAGCUAUUGUAGAUAUUCUUCUAGUGCAGAGCGGAUUCCAGUAUUACUUCUUGUUCUGUUAAGUUAGUCCUAAUUUAAAUAUACAGUAGCCCACUGUGGCUGACUAUACCUUGUCUAUGUGUUUUAUUUUAUUUGAUAGUUUCUUGUGUACAGAAUUUGUAAAGUUGAGACUUGUAAAAGAAUAUUGGUUAAAAACUGGGAGCCGAUUCUGGGUUUGUUGAUAUACAGAAGCCUUGUCUGGAUUUUGUUCAUAUGUAAAGAAGGUACUACAUCCUUCUGACGAGAACCUAUAGAAAUGUAAAGAGAGCAUAUGAAGGAUUUAAAAAGAAAAUAAUGGCUACUACUUUUCAAGGUGGAGAUAUAUACGUAAAUAUUCUAUUUUGCAAGAAAAAAAGAAUCAGGCAGAUUUGCUGUCCUAUCAAUCAUCUUUUCCUAGCUGCAAUAAUUACGUCCCAUAAAAGCUGGACUGCUUUCGAACAAUCAACCAGAAGCAACCAAUCAGAAAAAAGGACCUCACAAUGAACCCCACCUCUU